CCGCGCCGGCUCCCGCCCGGCAUACGGCCGAUCCUUGCAGCUCCCGCCCCGAGCCCUGGCCGGCUCACUUAGGUGGAGCGCCACCUGGGCCCGGGCUUGGGCCCGCCCAGUCAAGUCUCCCUUAAGCGCAGGCACCUGCUUGGCCGCCCCGCUCGGCGGGGUCCUGAGGCGUCUCAGGGAAGUGCGGCGAUUGGCUGCGGCUCCGGGGAGCCCGGCUGCAGCACCGCUUGACAACCGCAGGCUGCGAGCGGCUGAGCUGAGCGGCUGCGGGCUGGGGAGGGGCCGACGGGGGGCAGGACGGCCUGACCGGCUGAUGGAUUGACGCGCGGGCGGCAGAAGGGAGGACCGCCGCCCAGCUGGGACCGCCGCCCUCGCGCUCACGCAGCAGCCAGGACUCGUCGCUUCGGGGCCCGACCGCCGGCCUCCCGCCGGCCUCCCGCCGCUUUCUUCUCCGCCGCUUCCCCGGGCUCGUCUUGGAGCCCUCAGGUUAUCAACAUGACGGCUGAAGAAACGGUGAAUGUAAAAGAGGUUGAGAUCAUUAAGUUAAUUUUAGACUUCUUGAAUUCAAAGAAGCUUCACAUUAGUAUGUUGGCCCUUGAGAAGGAAAGUGGCGUCAUCAAUGGCCUGUUUUCAGAUGAUAUGCUUUUCCUGAGGCAGCUAAUCCUUGAUGGCCAGUGGGAUGAAGUUCUUCAGUUCAUUCAACCUCUAGAAUGUAUGGAAAAAUUUGACAAAAAAAGGUUCCGUUAUAUUAUCCUGAAGCAGAAGUUUUUAGAAGCUUUGUGUGUUAACAAUGCAAUGUCAGCAGAAGAUGAGCCCCAGCAUUUGGAAUUUACAAUGCAAGAAGCUGUGCAGUGUUUGCAUGCCCUAGAAGAGUACUGUCCUUCUAAAGAUGAUUAUAGCAAGCUCUGUUUGCUCUUGACUUUGCCUCGUCUGACCAACCAUGCUGAAUUUAAGGACUGGAAUCCCAGCACUGCACGAGUUCACUGUUUUGAAGAGGCUUGUGUCAUGGUUGCAGAAUUCAUCCCUGCUGAUAGGAAACUGAGUGAGGCUGGCUUUAAAGCAAGUAAUAAUCGUUUGUUUCAGCUUGUAAUGAAGGGCUUACUUUAUGAGUGCUGUGUAGAAUUUUGUCAAAGUAAAGCAACUGGAGAAGAAAUCACAGAAAGUGAAGUACUUCUUGGCAUCGACCUCUUAUGUGGAAAUGGUUGUGAUGAUCUGGAUCUGAGUUUGUUGUCAUGGCUUCAGAAUCUCCCAUCUUCUGUCUUCUCUUGUGCUUUUGAACAGAAAAUGCUCAAUAUUCAUGUUGACAAACUUCUGAAGCCCACAAAAGCUGCAUAUGCUGAUCUUUUGACUCCUCUUAUAAGCAAACUUUCUCCCUAUCCAUCAUCGCCAAUGAGAAGGCCUCAAUCAGCUGAUGCCUAUAUGACUCGCUCUCUGAAUCCUGCUUUAGACGGUCUCACUUGCGGACUGACCAGUCAUGAUAAGAGAAUCUCAGACCUUGGAAACAAAACUUCUCCAAUGUCACACUCCUUUGCUAACUUCCAUUACCCAGGGAUACAGAACCUUAGUAGAAGUCUUAUGCUUGAGAAUACAGAAUGCCACAGUAUUUAUGAAGAAUCCCCUGAACGAAGUGACACACCUGUUGAAGUGCAGCGGUCUAUCAACAGUGAAAUCCCGGGCCAGAAUUCUGUUUCCGAAAAAGAGCCUGCAAAUGGAGCACUGGAUCCUGGACCAGCUAAGCAAGAAAAAAAUGAGCUUCGAGAUUCAACAGAACAAUUUCAAGAAUAUUAUAGGCAAAGAUUACGGUAUCAACAGCAUUUAGAACAAAAAGAACAACAACGACAGAUAUACCAGCAAAUGUUGCUUGAAGGUGGUGUGAAUCAAGAAGAUGGUCCUGAUCAGCAGCAGAAUCUUACUGAGCAAUUCCUUAAUAGGUCCAUUCAAAAACUUGGUGAAUUAAAUAUUGGAAUGGAUAACCUUGGUAAUGAAGUAUCACCAAUCAACCAGCAGUGUAAUGGAAGCAAAGGAAAUGGGUCUAAUAAUUCUGUGACAAGUUUUACUACACCACCCCAAGAUUCUAGUCAGAGACUAAUACAUGAUGCUUCAAAUAUUCACACAAGUACUCCUCGUAAUCCAGGGUCAACAAACCACAUACCAUUUCUUGAGGAAUCACCUUCUAGUGGCAACCAAAUCUUAUCAGAAGAUUCUGUCAUCAAGCCAUCUCUUGAAGAUUCUUCUGGGAGUCUGUCAAGGUCAAGAGGGGAAGAGGACGACAAGUCAAAAAAACAGUUUGUUUGUAUUAAUACUCUAGAAGACACACAAGCUGUUAGAGCGGUGGCAUUUCAUCCAGGUGGUAGUUUAUAUGCUGUUGGUUCAAAUUCAAAAACUCUGAGAGUGUGCGCCUAUCCAGAAGUAAUUGAUCCAAGUGCACAUGACACCCCUAAGCAGCCAGUGGUGCGUUUUAAAAGGAAUAAACAUCACAAAGGAUCCAUUUACUGUGUGGCCUGGAGUCCUUGUGGACAGUUAUUAGCAACAGGAUCAAAUGACAAAUAUGUCAAAGUACUACCAUUCAAUGCAGAAACUUGUAAUGCAACAGGACCAGAUCUGGAAUUUAGUAUGCAUGAUGGAACAAUUAGAGACUUGGCUUUCAUGGAAGGUCCAGAAAGUGGUGGUGCUAUUUUAAUAAGUGCUGGAGCAGGGGAUUGUAACAUUUAUACAACUGAUUGUCAAAGAGGACAGGGCCUCCAUGCUCUGAGUGGGCAUACUGGGCAUAUUUUAGCACUUUAUACCUGGAGUGGCUGGAUGAUUGCAUCUGGUUCUCAAGAUAAAACUGUCAGAUUCUGGGAUCUUCGAGUACCAAGUUGUGUUCGUGUUGUUGGCACAACAUUCCAUGGAACUGGCAGUGCAGUGGCAUCAGUGGCUGUAGACCCCAGUGGUCGACUCUUAGCCACAGGACAAGAAGACUCUAGCUGCAUGUUGUAUGACAUAAGAGGGGGAAGAAUGGUACAGAGUUAUCACCCUCAUUCCAGUGAUGUUCGUUCAGUUCGAUUCUCUCCUGGAGCACACUACUUGCUAACAGGAUCCUAUGAUAUGAAAAUAAAAGUGACAGACCUGCAAGGAGACCUCACUAAGCAGCUUCCCAUCAUGGUGGUGGGGGAGCACAAGGACAAAGUAAUUCAGUGCAGGUGGCACACCCAGGACCUUUCCUUCCUGUCAUCCUCUGCAGAUAGGACUGUAACUCUCUGGACUUACAAUGGCUAGAAUACACUGACAUCAGUCAUGCAGUGAAAGCACAGACUUAAGACUGCUGAGUUGGGAGAAUUACAAAUUUGAAGAAAAUAGACUGGCCAAGAAAGUGGCUUAGCAGGAGGAGGCUUCUUGUCCCUGAGACCCCUUUGAUAGAAGGUGUUGGGUGGUGUUAUUCUGCAGUGCUUUCAGUCUUCCAUGUGAGCUCGUGCCGCCAUGUAGUUUUGUUGCCAAAGUCUGCAGAAGAGCUCUAUGUUGUCUGUGUGCACUCAAGUCAAGGUGUGGAAGAUGUGUUUACGAUUAGUAUUGAAUGCAUUCCUUGGUCUUUGCCUAAAUAAUGGUUUUAUAUACACACUGAAGGUGAACUCUUAAGCAUAUUACAAUGUAAUGUAACCAAGUCCUACACAGAUGAAACAUAGGUGUUUGGAAAUUACUUUUGCUUUUCUCACAACCCCAUGAUAUUAUCACUUGUCAGCUAGAGGUCAGAAUUUUGUCUUUCAAAAGUUACAUGGUUGUUUUCACAAAGGAUCAUUAUGGAGUUUAAAGACAAAUGGAAAACUGCUUCUUAAUUCCUUCUGUGGUGUAGGCCUCCCCCCCCCCCCUUAACCCAGGGAUAUAAUUGCCAUUUUGUCUAUUACUUUGCAUCAGGCUUAAAAGGUAACUCUGUUUGCUUCAGAAACUUGUUGAUUUCAGUUUUUUGAAUGCAACAAGAUACGUCCCUUCUAUACUGUAGAAGCAGAGCAGAAGCUUUGUUAUGUGAUGUAACACUUGAUGGUUCAAAAAACUUACUGGCUAUCAUUUUCCUCUUAAAAAUUAAAAAUUUCCCAUAGACUAUAGCAUGGCUUGAAAUGCUAUGUCCGCAUGAUAAUUAAAAAUGAAAAUUUUAAACUGUUGCACUCCAGAAAGCCUAUUUGGAUUUUUUUCUUGCACUGUUUUAUGUAAUGCAGAAUAACGAUUUUUAUUUCUACAGCAUUAUAGAUUCUAACAUUUAUGUAUCUUUAUUUUCGUAUUGUACAGUAAACUUACUUUAAAUUAUUAAACAGGCUAUUUUAUUUAUUUUAAAAGCAGUUGAGUUGGUUCUAAUUAUUGAACUGUCUGUGCACUGUAAGUAGCAAGCAUUUUUAAUCUAUUGUGUCCAAGUGGAAGGAUAUUAGAAAUGUAACUGUGCUAUUAUUUCAAUAAAGACCUCUUGACACCUAAAA